UGUAAGUGUGUGAGGACUCACAGUGCUUCAGCCACUUCUCCCACUGCGCCUCUGAUGCACCGAGAGUCCUCGGAUUUUUUUAAAUUACUGGCUGGAAAUGUCUGACUCGGCCAAACCUCUGACUUCCUUCCUCAUCGAGGACAUCCUCUCCAACAAAGACAGUGCGCGAUUCAAUGAUAAAUGCUGCUCGCAGAAGGAGGAAAGAUGUUCGCAGUGGAAUGAAGAAUCAGGAAAGUUUUCACCACAGCUCUGUCUUCAGGAAACAGCCUUUGGAUUACAGACAGAAUCUCUGAACACAUCAUGCCCCAGCUCCUCGGAGUCAACUUUGCCCUCCCCCGGAAAGCAGAAGCGCUCCAGAGCUGCGUUUACACACCUCCAAGUGCUCGAACUGGAGAAGAAAUUUAAUCACCAGAAAUACCUGUCGGCCCCAGAGAGAGCUCAGCUGGCCAGAACCUUAAGACUAACCGAGACCCAGGUGAAAAUCUGGUUUCAGAACAGGAGGUACAAAACGAAGCGGAAGCAGCAGACAUCAGAGUUUUGUAAGGAUUUGUACAACGCAGAAGGACUGGGUCUGAAAGAGGAUUUGGUCAGAUCAUCACUGAUUACUUCCUUCUACAAAGCCUACCAAUACAGACCCUACCUGUGGGACUACAGUGGCCCCUGGGGCCCAGUGUUAUGGUGAAAAUAAAUGUAUAACCCUAAAGUUUAUCAUCUACAAGCUUCUAAAAUCUAUGUUUACUGUCACAGCUGAUUCUUUGUCAGAUUUGGAACAUGGUGUUUGCUCAUGUGUUGACUUUAUCCAUCUUGUGGAGUGAUUUCGCUCAUGAAAAUGUGCUAUCAUACAAAUCUUGCUGUAUGGAUAUGACAUGGAUUUGCACAGCCAACUUGUGACAUUGUUGAUUAAUAAAUUAUUAAUAAAUUAAUGCUUAUACAUUUAACCUUUGUUAAGAGUGCUGUAAAAAACAGAAAAAAACCAAUUUGUUGCUUUGAUCUAAUUACAGGGCAAUGUUUUGUGGAAAUGAUCAAAUAUACAUUAACCACAGUUUGCAUAAAAGCUGUGUGGAUGACUUUCAAACAGUCACUCUGGCAUUAAGUGUGAGGUUAAAGUGAAACUUUCUACUGAGUGCUCUCAAGCUGAAGAAAAAUUCGAGCAUUUGAAUGAAGUUAAACUGUGAUAAAAUUGAAAGAAUGAGACCCGAUUUCUUCAAAGAGCUGAUGCCCUGAUUGCAGGGAGAUAAACUGCUCUUUCUAGAGACAGCACCACACGGAAAGCGAGAGGAAACGAAACAGUAAGAGAGUCAGCUGACAUCACGCAUUCCAGAUGCUUAAACAUGCUGACAUAAAUACAAAUAUGAAGGCUGGCCAAGAGGCAUCUUUGUUUAAAUCAGAGAUAAACGGAGCUCCAUAAGGCAUCGAGUUCAAUCAGCAGUUGUCAGCUUUGCUCUCUUGAAAGUGGGGCAUGAGGAGGUAAAGCUGUCAUGUGGCUCACCUCCUGCAUGCCAUGGUGAUUGUGUAGUAUACCUGGCAGUUGGUAGAUAAAAAAGUAACAGAACGUGUUUCUUAAGGUAUGUUCUGUGCGAUGUAUAACAAUAAGUGAGGAUAACACACAAAAUGUGAUGUACACUUCAGAUCUGGGCACAUUUUGUGACCCCUUUUUGGAAGCUUUGGUGUAAUCAUAGCCCUGUACUCUCAUGCAUGUAACACAUACUACAAAUCAACAUAUUUUUCUAAGCACCUGGAUUGUACAAAUAAAAAUUUUAAGAAGUCUGGCAGCACGAUUUUUCAA